AUGAAUAAUUCACAAUCUACUUCACAAUCUACUUCAAGCACCACUGGUUAUAGUAUACCAGAAAUUGAAAAAGCACUUUGUAAUACACCAGCAACCGAAGUUCUUGAUGUUAUUUAUAAAACACGGCAGCAUACAAAAGAAACCUUUUCAAAUACUGAAGGAGCAAAAGAAGCUGCUUCUAAGAACCUAUUGAAAGAAAUUAUGUCUUCGGAAGAUCAGGAUAUAAGAGAAAAGAUGAAUAGAACCACCAGGAAGCAAAUGAAGAUGGAGAGCUAUUCAAGAUAUAGGUGCAUCUGCGCCGCCGCCAACAAAAGAUUCAUUUCUCCUGUAUUCGAACAGAAGGAAGACGCUAAAAAUGAAGCUGCCAAAAUGGCAUUCAUUUCUAAAACUAUUAAAAAACAAAAACGACAACAUUUCGAAUACAUAAAUAAAUUAAAAAAACUUUUAAAAGGAGAGUGGAUCGACUACGAAUUCAGCAGGAAUCUAAAAGGAUAUAGGUGCAUCUGCGCUGCCGCCAACAAAAGAUUCAUUUCUCUUGUAUUCGAACAGAA